AUGGCACCUCUAAUGACAGCUCUAAGGAGAGACAUGAACAGAUUACAAGAUAUAAUUUCAGCUGUUGAUGACAGUUUAUCACAAGAAGCUCCUAGUUCAGAGAGUCUACAAAUGGACAAGAGUGACAUGGAGAAUUUGUUAAAUGAAAUGUGUGACAAGAUAACUAAGCUGAUUGUUUCCGGAAUUUUUCCCCGCGAUUGGAAAAUGGCUGUUAUCACGCCCAUUCCGAAAGAUGGCGACCACGAGCAAGCAAACAACAACAGACCGAUCUCGCUUUUGCCAAUUUUAUCUAAGGUAUGCGAGAGGACGGUGCAUAACCGAAUGAUUCCUUAUUCCUAUACAAAACAACGCCUAUCUACCCAACAGAAUGGCAAUAGGAGAUUUCACUCAACAGAAACAUCCUUGAUCGAGACUACGGAUUCAAUCUUGAACGCUAUCAAUGGAAAAGAGUUAACAGCCGUUGUCCUGCUAGAUAUGAGUAAAGCUUUCGACAGUAUAGAUCACAACAUUCUCCUGUUGAAAUUACAAGAUGUUGGCGUAUCACCUGCUGCCCUAAACUGGUUUUCGAGCUAUUUAUCGGAAAGAUUCCAGGUCGUGCGUAUCAAUACCGUUCUAUCCGACAAACUACCUGUGAACAGUGGUGUCCCACAAGGCAGCAUUCUUGGACCGAUCCUCUUUAAUAUCUAUGUUAACGAACUACCAACAAUUCCUCAGAGCAGUUUAUCCAAGAUGUAUGUUGACGAUAAUAAACUAUCACUUACUUUUCCUAUCCAACAAUGUGCCUCAGCAAUAACAGAGAUGAAUAAAGAUCUGUGCAAGAUUCGUGACUGGUGUUUUGACAACCACCUCCUCAACGCAUCCAAGACAAAGCUUAUGGUUUUUGGUAGUCGCCAAAUGAUCUUGAAAGUCCCUGACUUCCAUCUGUCAUUACUGGGUAAGGAACUUAUUCCAGUCCAAACAGCGAAAGAUCUCGGAGUUACAUUUGAUUCAAGCCUUUCCUUCGACUGUCAUGUCGUUAAGACUGUCUCUUCUUGCAUGUCCAGCUUGGCGCAGAUUAACCGUGUAAAACAUGUUUUAGAUAAAAGUUUGCUUGUCUUGGUAAUUCGAAGUUUAGUUUUCAGUAAAAUGUAUUAUUGCUCGUCGGUAUGGGCUAACACCACUGCAAAUAACAUCCGCAGACUUCAAGCAGUACAGAACUUUGCCGCCCGAAUUAUCUCUAAAUCAAGAAAAUUUGACCACAUAACACCCUUGUUGACUGAACUGCAAACUGUUCUUACUCUACCGUGACGCUGUUUUGACAUUCAAAUGUCUAAACGGAAUAACACCGGUAUCUUUGUCUCAACAAUUUGUGAGGAGUGCAACUGGCCAACGGACAUUCUAUUACCGUGCUGUCUCCUUAUGGAACGAACUUCCAGAGAACAUUAAAUGUAGUUCAUCAGUUAACAUUUUUAAACAUAAAUUACGUAAAUAUCUUUUAGGAAAUCAUUCAUCGUAGCAUUUGGCCUUUCACAAUUUUUACAUCCAUACCAGUAAUUAGUUAGUUAGAAUUUCAUGUUAGUAUAUCUUAUAAUUUUUUGUAAUUGUUAAUUGGCUCCGAAAAGCCCCGUUGGGGAGAGUUCAAUAAAUUAUUGUAUUGUACUGCUAUACAGCCAGACACCUACUUGCCAAGUGAUGUUGAGACAAUAAUGGGGACUGCAUAUAAUAAAAUAAGGAAGAUAAACCUGAACUUGGAGAAGUAGGGAGACUAUUCAGGGUACUGGGCCCAACAGGCUCUAAAGUUGAGCCACCUGCUAGAUUAUGAACAUCACUGGUCACAGGGGGUGUCAAGUUAGUCAACAUACCUUCUGUGUUUUUAGGGCGCUCUUUAUCAUUUGGUAAGAUCACAGGCACUUUCGGAGGUUGUUUCUUUCUUUCUCUCGGCCAGUAUGUCACCUGUGAAACCAACUGCCCCUGGUGUCAGUUCCACCAUGAAUGUUACACCUACUCCUAGUGGUACUUUGACCAUUGAGGAUCCCCAAAACCCAUCGACCAGUCAGAUAGCCAGCUCCGUCAUGAGUAUGGCAGCCCAGCAACAGUAUCCGAGCAGCACCUUGUCCUUUACGCCCUCCAGAACCCACCAACCAGUCAGAUAG